AUUUUCCCUCUAUCUUUUUUGAUAAUUUGUUUUCUCCUUUUAAACAAUAUAUAAAUAUGCAACUUAUACUAUCCCGUUCUUCACACUCUUUUCUCACUCAACUAUGGCAACCUCGAUAAACAAAAACUUUCUCACUAAACUCACCAUACUAUCUUUCAUUUGGUUACUUGUCCCUCUAGUUGCUAACUCAUACAACCCUAUUUACAAUUUAGCCGUCACUUGUGGCUCCUCAACAAACACUACUGCCUUAGACAAUCGAAUUUGGAUUGGUGAUGAUGAUAUUCAUAACUCCAAUCUCUUUACUUUCAUUGAACCAAAAACCACAAACCCAUCUCUUAAAUUACCUCCAAAUUCCCUUUCAAAUAUCCAAAUUCCAUUCACAAUGGCACGUGUCUCUCUCUCAAAUUUCACAUACUCAAUUUCUAGCAUCACUACUUCCCCUGUUUUUCUUCGCCUUCAUUUUCACCCAACAACUUAUCAAGCCUUUGAACCCUCCAAUGCAAUUUUUUCUGUUGUAGUAAACAACAACCUUACCCUUCUUGAAAACUUCAACCCUUCACUUUGGAUUCGCAAUGAUGAGGACAGAAUCACGAAAGAAUAUUGCAUCCAAAUCAAACCAAAUGAGAAUUUGCUAAACAUAACUUUCAUUCCAAGCAACAUAAACCAAUCAAAUGUUUAUUAUGCUUUCAUUAACGGAAUCGAAGUUGUGUCCAUGCCACCUUUUCUCUAUUACUCAGACCUUUCUGACUUGAAUUAUCAGAUAAGAUCAGUUGACACAGACACCACAGAUUACAAAAUUCAAAACGACAAAGCUUUGGAGAUGGUUUAUAGAGUGAAUGUUGGUGAUAAUCAAGUUCCACCAAGUAAUGAUACAGGUAUGUUUCGUGAUUGGAAAAAUGAUUUUCCUCUUUACUUGGAGAAAGAAUAUCCACUAAGUGACCCAGUUGAUUUUGGAGAUCAUCUCAACUUUGUAAACAAUACCAUUCCAAAUUACACUGCACCAGAAGCUGUAUACUUUACUGCAAGAAGUUAUGGAAUGAAUGUGACAGAGGAUUAUAAUGUAACUUGGAAUUUUGAAGUUGAUAAUGCUUUUACUUACACUGUAAGGUUACAUUUUUGUGAGUUUGAUAUGGCUAUAAAAAAUCAACGUGAUAGAGUCUUUCGGAUUUUCAUAGCUAACACUUUGGCUGAGGAAUUUGCUGAUGUGAUUAGGUGGAGUGGUGAUAACAGGGUUCCUGUUCAUAAGGAUUAUGCCGUGCCUAUGUACUCUCAAGAAGGAAUCUCUCAAAUUGAAAGAGUUAAUCUUUCAAUCAAGCUUCAACGAUUACCAGCUGAGUACACACUAUACAGUGAUGUCUUAUUGAAUGGAAUAGAGAUUUUCAAAAUAAAUGAUAAAAAUAAUAAUCUCUUUGGGUCGAAUCCAAAACCGAUUAAUUUGUCUUCCAAAGAAAUAGAUUCACAUUCACCCAAUAAACAAUUCAAGAUGUCAACCAUAAUUAUCCUUGUUGUGGUUGCGGUUACAUGCCUCAUGCUAGCAUAUGUUAUCGGAAUUAAAAAAAUUGUUCAAAGGAGAAAAAGAUCUAAAUCUCUAGUUGAAAUGGAAGAUAUAUCAUGGAAGAAAAAGAAAGAAGGUUCGUCGUCUUUACCAUCCCAUUUGUGUCGCUAUUUUACAAUAGCGGAGAUAAAAGCUGCUACAAACAACUUUGAUGAUAUUUUUAUCAUCGGGGUUGGAGGGUUCGGGAACGUGUACAAAGGUUACAUUGAUGGUGUUACACCUGUUGCGAUAAAACGUCUUAAACCAGGUUCUCAACAAGGUGUAAAUGAGUUCAUGAAUGAAAUCGAGUUGCUCUCUCAACUUCGUCAUAUUCACUUAGUUUCCCUCAUUGGAUAUUGCAACGAAGGUGCAGAGAUGAUUCUCGUUUACGAUUUCAUGCAACGUGGCACUCUCACUGAAUAUCUCUAUGGUUCAGAUAAUGAACCUCUUACCUGGAAGCAGAGACUCGAGAUUCUGUUGGGUGCAGCAAGGGGGUUGCAUUAUCUUCAUGCAGGUGCGAAGCACAACAUCAUACAUCGCGAUGUGAAGAGUACCAACAUAUUGUUGGAUGAAAAAUGGGUGGCUAAGGUUUCUGAUUUUGGGUUAUCAAAAAUGGGACCGUCUGGAAUGUCGAUGACCCAUAUCACUACAAUUGUGAAGGGUAGUCUCGGGUAUUUGGAUCCAGAAUACUACAUGCGACAACGGUUGACUCUAAAGUCUGACGUGUACUCUUUCGGUGUGGUGCUUCUUGAAGUGUUGUGUGCAAGACCUCCUUUGAUUCGUUCUUUGGAUAAGAAAAAAGCGAGUUUGGCUGUUUGGUUCCAAAGAUGUUACAAUGAAGGUGUGGUAAUUGAAGAGAUGGUGGACCCGUUCAUAAAAGAUUCUAUUACAGAUGAAUGUUUCAAGUGUUAUUGUCAAAUGGUGUUGAGUUGUUUGCACGAGGAUGGAAAUCAACGAUUGUCGAUGAGUGAUGUGGUUGGAGCUUUAGAGUUUGCAUUGCAGCUGAAUAUGAGUGAGGAGGAUAGUAAGUUUGGUGAAAUCAAGGAAAAAAGUGAGCAGAGGGUAAAGUUGUCGGAAUUUACGAUUGAUGACGCGAGUGACUCGCAAUUCACAAGUAGUGGUGAUGAUUAUGAUGAGUCCCAUACCAGCAAGGUAAGUUCCAUUUCAGCCACUACUGAAGACCAACCGCUGUUUUCUGCUACGAUUUUUUCCGAGAAUGGUAAUCCAAGAGCUCGAUAGAUAGUUGAUCCUACAUUCUAAAGUUUCCAAAUGUAUGUUUUACAAAAUAUAACUAUAUAACAAGCCAAUUAAUUAUAGUUUGUAAUUUCAUUCUUUUUAAUUUGUUGUUACAUACGAGAUGAAGUGGGGAAGGAAGAAGUAGGAUGAAAAACCUAAAUCUCGGAUUUAAAAGAAAUAUAAUGUCAAAUAAAUUGAUACUUGAAGUUUAGAAAAAA